GGGCGUGGCUGACGUGCGGCGGCGUUUCCUCAAACAUGGCGGCUCUCGAAGCGGCUGCGGAGCCGGUAACGGGGGUGGCGGCUGUUGGACCAAAGGCGAAGGACGAAGAGGAGGAGGAAGAGGAGUCGCUUCCGCCGUGCGAGGCAGUGCGCUGGGCGCCGGUUGGGGCGGUGGCAGAGGCCGGGCCCGGGGCGGCGGCGUUCUCGGAAGAGGCGGCGGCCGAGGAGCCCGGAGCGGCCCCGGGCUCCCCACCGGACUCGCCGGGCCGGACGCUGAGGCGGCUGCGGGCCGAGCGGCGGCGGCUGGAUUCGGCGCUGCUCGCGCUGUCCUCGCAUUUCGCGCAGGUGCAGUUCCGCCUGCGGCAGGUGGUGCGCGGGGCGCCGGCGGAGCAGCAGCGCCUCCUGAGCGAGCUCGAGGACUUCGCCUUCCGCGGCUGUCCUCACGUCCUGGGUUACGGGAGCCCAGAGGACCUCGCCAGCGAUGAUGGCGACGGGAUGCCGGGGGACCGGCCACGGUUGCGGGGCGAGGACCAGAGUGAGCAGGAGAAACGGGAACAUCUGGAAACCCAGAGGGAGAAGCAGAAGGAACUGAUACUGCAGCUCAAAACCCAGCUCGAUGACCUGGAGACGUUUGCCUAUCAGGAAGGCAGUUACGACUCCCUGCCGCAGUCCGUGGUCUUGGAAAGGCAGCGGGUGAUCAUCGAUGAGUUAAUAAAGAAACUGGACAUGAAUCUGAAUGAGGACCUCAGUUCACUGUCCACUGAGGAGCUUCGGCAGCGUGUGGAUGUAGCUGUAGCUCAGAUCGUCAACCCAGCCCGAGUGAAAGAACAGCUGGUUGAGCAGCUGAAAACUCAGAUCCGAGACCUCGAGAUGUUCAUCAGCUUCAUCCAAGAUGAAGUAGGAAGCCCAUUACAGACAGGUAGUGGACACUGUGAGUGCAAGGCCAGUGGGAAGACAGGAAACUGCUCCUGCAGAACUGGCAGCAGCAGACCACCUCCAGGAAACAGCAAAACGAAAGCAGAAGACAUGAAGACAGUUCGGGAGACGGGGCUGCACCUGAUGCGGCGAGUGCUGGCAGUGCUCCAGAUCUUUGCUGUUAGCCAGUUCGGUUGCGCCACAGGCCAGAUCCCGCAGACUCUGUGGCAGAGGGACCAGGAUGACAGGGACUACUCUCCCUUAUUGAAAAGGCUGGAGGUGUCAGUAGACAGGGUGAAGCAGCUGGCCUUGAGGCACCAGGCGCACGACCACUUCAGCAGCUCCGCCGGCCUCCAGGACCUCUCUCUGGGAGGCAAGGACGAGCUGACCAUGGCUGUGCGGAAGGAGCUGACUGUGGCCGUGAGGGACCUGCUGGCCCAUGGACUGUACGCCUCCUCACCGGGGAUGAGCCUCGUCAUGGCCCCUAUUGCCUGUCUGCUGCCGGCCUUCUCCUCGGCCCCCGAGGCCAUGCACCCCUGGGAGCUCUUUGUAAAGUACUACCACGCUAAGAACGGCCGUGCUUAUGUGGAGUCCCCUGCCCGGAAGCUCUCACAGUCCUUUGCCCUGCCUGUCAUGGGAGGCACUGUGGUGACACCCAAGCAGAGCCUGCUGACAGCCAUCCAUGUGGUGCUGACGGAGCACGGCCCUUUUAAGCGCAGUGCAGACUCGGAGCUGAAGGCCUUGGUGUGCAUGGCACUGAAUGAGCAGCGUCUCGUGUCCUGGGUGAACCUCAUCUGCAAGUCAGGGUCGCUCAUCGAGCCCCACUACCAGCCCUGGAGCUACAUGGCACACACGGGCUUUGAGAGCGCCCUCAACCUGCUCAGCCGCCUCAGCAGCCUCAAGUUCAGCCUCCCUGUAGACCUGGCUGUGCGCCAGCUCAAGAACAUCAAAGAUGCCUUUUGAUGAGAAUGCCUUGGCCCCAGACCAGCAUCUUGCUCAGUAAGGAUAGAUGGUUAGUCUUCUAGGAUAAGAGCAAGAAUUAGGAGGAGGGGCUAAAGACAACUUCCCUAGCCAGAUGAUGCAAAGUCUCUCUCCCCCAUCAACUUGGCAUCUCAGAAAGAUAUGCUGGAGACCCUCUUGUUAAAAGGUUUUGCUCUGGCGUGUAUCCACGGUGCACAUGUGAGCACAUAUACUUGAGCCUGUUGAAAAGAAGUCAGUCAUGGCACACACUCAUCACGCCAUGUCUGAUUUGUAGAAAAUCCGGUUGCUGUAACCAUUCUCUUCACGGUGGUGAGGGACAGCAUGAGUGAGUUGUUGGUCCUGGAAAACGUUCAACUUAAGGCUCCUGUCAGUGAAGUUGCGGGCCAUCUUCCUUCACUUGAAGCAGGUUUGAGAGAGUCCUAGGUCAAUUCAAAUUCCUUUUGUGAAUACUGAUGCCUCUUUCUUCCUGACCCCAAGGUCAAGGGAGGCCAUGUGUGUUCCAUAGCUGCCUCUAAAACUGGGAGUGGGAAUAUCUGAGAACAGCAUUUGUAAGGGUGUUUACCACAGUUGAUUUUUUUUUUUUUUUUUUGGCUGUGCCGAGCAGCUUGCGGGAUCUUAGUUCCCCGACCAGGGAUUGAACCCCGUGCCCACAGCAGUGAAAGAGCCGAGUCUUAGCCACUGGACUGCCAGGGAAUUCCCCACAGUUGAUUUUAAUAUGAGCCUUUUUUCAUGUAGAGGUAAGAACUGAAAUCUGUCCCUGACCGCAUGGUCCUUUCCUCACAGCCCAGACGAUGGUCUCUCCGUUUUGGAACUGGUUUACCAGGACAGCCACCAUCUGGUACCAUGUCCUCUGGCGAGUAACCUUUCCUCUGCACACCUCCCAGCUCCUCAGAAGGAAACGUGUUCAAGGUGUGUUCCAUGUGUCCUGGAGGCUGGAUGGUGGAGGAGGUCUGACCAUGUGAUCAUACUACAGCGGGGGUGGGAACUGUGGCAGAUCACUGGUGACAAAGAAGGGGCUUGGCAUUUCCUUGUAAAACUAACUCUAGACUGGUCCUAUUGGAUCUCUUUUAGCCUUUUUAGUUCAUAUUUGCCAUUCAGCUUGCAUCCUGCUCCAGGACUGAGCAAAGAUGUGCAAAGUGUAUCACCUUCUGGAAAGCCAAGUGGGUUCCCAACACUACUGAUUCAGCAUCGUUUCAUAUAUUAAAUUGCCAGCUGCACUUUGUGUCUGCACUAUUAUGUAGUGCAUUUUAACUUAAUUUUUUCAGUAAGAUAUUAUUUAAGAUAUAUUCUUGAUAAUUCAUUAGAAUUAGUCCUCCUUCAUGUGAAACAGGAUAAGUGCAAAAUGUUUUGAAAAAUGGUAUCUGUGGUUGCUAAUAAAAUCAUAGUAUUUUGUGUAGCUUCUCUGCAAAGACCUUAGAGACUGCUGGCUUUGGUUUAUAAGUCUGGGCAUUGUCAACGUAUCUGAUCCAGAUCAGUGUUUCCUUGAGCAAUGCCUGGCUCCUGGCCUUUCUGCCUCUUCUCUGCCCCCUGUGCUGGAUCAACUCAGCUUUGGUGGUG